AUGCAUUCUCAAUCAACAGUUAAAGAACUGCUAAAUGCGACAGAUAUUAGCAACGAAAAAAAAAGUGAAAAGUCACAGACAGUCACUCAUAACAUAAAUCAAAAUCGUUACAGUGCUGCUAAUAGUAAAUGGGCAUCACCUAUUUCCGGUAUUCUCAAUGAUGAAGAACUUCGUCUCGAACAAAAAAAAGCAGAAAAAUCAAAACGUCUUGAACAACGUCGUAACCAUUUAUCUGCUAUACUUGAAGCAGAUAAAAAUAAAUACCAGUCAGAAUUGCUUUCAUAUCGUCGAUCUUCGCAUGAAGCGAUACCUCCAAUGAACAUGCCAAUCGAUUUCUUUCAGUCAGCAUCCGAACAUUCGCCGCAACCUGAAACAACGAAUAAUUUCGAUUUACAAACAAUGGAAAUCCAUAAAUUGCAAGAUUUGUCUUUCGAACAACGAGAUGACAAACAAAACGAACGGAAACGACGACACCAACAAUUGAAGUUGAUUCUUCAACAACAAAUGGAAGAAUUCAAUCAAUUAGAGAAACAGGCGGAACUUUUCAAACAGGAAGAAGAACAUUGGUAUAAAGAACAAAUAAGAUUAGAAGAAUUUCAAGAAAUUAGAAGACAAACAGAAAACUUUCCUAUUCAACAAGAUCAAGGACGUCAACUUCUUCGUCAACAUAAAGCAAAAUUGCAUAAACGAUCAAAAGAAGUUCAACAACGACUGGAUAUGGACAUUGACAUUCUUACAUCAAUUGUGCAUCCCGAAUACGAAUCUCGUUUGGAACAAUUCGAUGAACAAAAACAAUUAAAGGAAAAUGUCUCCAAUGUUCUUCAGCAAUUUCAACAACAGAUGAGAGUUGAGAAAAACAAAGAAAAAGAAGUUGAUGACAUGUAUCCAGAAGAUGCUGCCAAACAAUGGUCUCGAUAUGAUCAACAAUGGAAUGAUGAACAAAAAACACAAAAACAAAAGGAAAUCUACGAAAAACAACGAACUUUAAUUGAAGAAAUGGAACAAGCACGAAAAUACGAUUUGAUCGAAAAACAAAAGCAAACGACACCAAUCGAACAAAAGCCACAAAUAUUCAUCGUCCGUAAGGAACCAGAACAACCGAUUGAAUACGAAGAAUCAAAACAAACUUUCGAACAACCUCCAUUGAUACCAACAACCGAUUCACAAUUCCAUGGUCGUCGUCGUAUUGCUUGGAAUUAG